GUGCUCGCAGCCAGUCACAAUAUUAGCUCACAGGCUAACUUAGUAACAGCCCCGCGCAGGCAGGAAGCGCUGGAGAUGGCUGAGGUGAAGGUGAAGAAGGAGACGAACCUGUCGGACCCCGUGGAGGUCGAGAACAGGAUCAAAGAGCUGUGUCAGCAGUUCCCUCAAGGUAUCACGGACCAGGUGAUUCAGAACGACAUGCCUCACCUGGAGCCACAGCAGAGAGCCAUGGCCAUCAACAAGCUGCUCUCAUUGGGUCAGCUGGACCUGCUGAGGAACAGUGCAGGUCUCCUGUACAGACUGAAGGACUCACAGAGCACCAGUAAAAUGAAGGGCUCAGACAACCAGGAGAAGCUGGUCUAUCAGAUCAUCGAGGACGCAGGAAACAAAGGAAUCUGGAGCCGAGACAUCCGCUUCAAGAGCAACCUGCCUCUGACCGAGAUCAACAAGAUCCUGAAGAACCUGGAGAGCAAGAAGCUCAUCAAAGCUGUGAAGUCUGUGGCCGCGUCGAAGAAGAAGGUGUACAUGUUGUACAACCUGCAGCCCGACCGCUCUGUGACGGGCGGCGCCUGGUACAGCGACCAGGACUUUGAGUCCGAGUUCGUGGAGGUUCUCAACCAGCAGUGCUUCAAGUUCCUGCAGAGCAAGGCGGAGGCGGCGCGGGACAGCAAGCAGAGUCCGAUGGUUCAGAGGAACAGCUCCUUCGCCACGUCGCACGAAGUCUGGAAGUACAUCUGCGAGCUGGGCAUCAGCAAGGUGGACCUGUCUAUGGACGACAUUGAGACCAUCCUGAACACGCUCAUCUACGACGGGAAGGUGGAGAUGACCGUGAUCGCCGCCAAGGAGGGCACGGUGGGCAGCGUGGACGGGCAGAUGAAGCUGUACCGCGGCGUGAACACCAUCAUCCAGCCCACCGGCCUCGUCAAGACGCCGUGUGGACUCUGCCCGGUGUUCGACGACUGCCACGAGGGCGGAGAGAUCUCGCCAUCCAACUGCAUCUACAUGAGCGAGUGGUUGGACUUCUGACGCCACGCGUUUCUCUGUGACGGAAGCUUCACUUCCUGUUCGUCACAGACGUGAAGAAGCUGGCGGCCUUAGUUCCUGUGACGAUGGCGUGCAGCAGUGUGUCCCGGUUCUGGUUCUGGAGGCGCAACGUUUGUUUUCUGGAGCUGCUUCACUGUUUCUGUUUGACAUCGUUAAUCUUUGAGGUCGUCUUAUUGGUCCCGUCAUGGUCACAUGGUCUCAGAUGUUUUGGUAUAAUGCCGCUCCCACCUGCAGACGCUCUGUAGUACAACCGCAUUUUUGUUUGUGUGUGUGUGUGUGUGUGUGUGUGUGUGUGUGUGUGUGUGUGUGUGAGCGAGCUCCAGUGUCCUGAUUAUAAAAUGAUUUGGAAGGAAAAUAAUUUUUCUUUGUUGGAACCAGUUUUUGACCACCAGGUGGUGCUGUGGUUGCUAUGCAGUGAGGCAAACACCUGCAGCCAAUCAGAGCCGUUUCUGGUUGUUUGAGCUGAAGGGAACAUGUGGACGUUUCCACCUUCAUGUUUAAAGUUUUGGCCCUGGCUGCUGGUUUCAGGGACGAGGCGGGGGAAACGGCCCUGAGCGCGGGCUGUCAGGCCGCGGUCUCUGGGAGGGAGAGCAGCGGUCACAUUGGCCUGGACCUCCUCUGUUCUGGUUCUGAAGAGCACCAGAGGACUCUGAUGAGGCGCUCUGACAUUCAAUCUGUUCUGUGAUUAUUUUGGUCCACGAGUGUCGUGAUUUGGUGUAUGAAUAAAGUGGGUGGAGACUUAGCCGUGUGGCAUUUAC